AUGUCGUCAAUAAACAUUGCCGUGUCCCACAAGGGCAAGAAGUACGAUGUCGAAGUCGAUACCGAAUCCACCGGCGAGGUGUUCAAGUACCAGCUAUUCAGUUUGACUGGCGUUGAACCCGAGCGACAGAGGAUUCUCGUCAAGGGCGGUCAGCUUAAGGAUGACACAGUUAUGAGCUCUGUAGGCCUCAAGCCGGGGCAGACGAUCAUGAUGAUGGGCACACCCGGUGGUAGCGAGGUCCAACGCCCGGCGGGCAAGAUCAAGUUUGUUGAGGACAUGACCGAGGCCGAAGCUGCUCAACAGGAGGGUGCCACGCCGGCUGGCCUCGAGAACCUGGGAAACACUUGCUAUCUCAACUCCACGCUACAGACACUACGUACCAUUCCAGAGCUUCAGACCGCAUUGUCAACGUACAUGUUCAAGGAGGACCACAGCAAUCGGAUCCCCAACCUGGACCUUACCAAUCAGCUCAGGAACUUGUACGAGGCGAUGGGAAAGACGCAGUCCGGCUAUGCACCGCACGCCUUCCUGAGUGCCCUGCGUACAGCGUUUCCUCAAUUCGCCGAGCGGUCGAGACAGGGCCAAGGGUUCGCACAGCAGGAUGCCGAGGAGGCCUGGUCGCAGAUCCUUGCACAGCUGAGGCAGAAGCUCACGCGGGAAGGUUCGCAAGACCAAAAGACCAUUUCUUUCAUUGAUGAGUACAUGGCUGGCGAGUUUGAGAGCGUGCUGGAGUGCGACGAUCCUGCUGCCCGCGAAAUGGGAGAGCAGUCCGUCACCACACGAGAGCCGUUUCUCAAGCUAAACUGCCACAUCGACAAGGAUAUCAACCACCUUCGCGACGGUAUCCUCGCCUCUCUCACCGAGAAGAUUGAGAAGAAGUCGGACACAUUGGACAGGGAAGCUACUUACACUAAGCGGUCUAAGAUCUCGCGGCUGCCCAAGUACCUGACCGUGCACUUUGUGCGUUUCUUCUGGAAACGAGAUGUGCAGAAGAAGGCUAAAAUCAUGCGCAAGGUCACCUUCUCGCACGAGCUCGAUAUUGUCGAGUUCUGCACGGAUGACCUGAAGAAGCUGCUCAUCCCGGUGCGCGACAAGGUGCGCGAGAUCCGCAAGGACGAGGAGGACAUCGAACGUUCGCGCAAGCGGCGCAAGAAGAACCCGCUGCUGGACGGCGACGUCCCGGGAUCGUCGGGAGCCAAGGAGGCGGACAAGAAGAAGGACGAGAAGAAGCCUGGAGCCGACGGAGACGUCGAUAUGGCGCUCGAUGGUGAGACGUUCAAGACGGACGCCGAGAUUGACGAAGAGAAGCAAGCGCAGCUCUUGCAGGCCAAGAAGGAGCUGCAUGCUCUUGUGAACCAAGAAUUGGCGGCAGACAAGGGCGCUAACCACUCGGGAUUGUACGAGCUCCGCGGCGUGGUGACACACCAGGGCGCGAGUGCCGACAGCGGUCAUUACACGGCGUACGUCAAGAAGACGGCUCCCGUGGACCCUCAGACGGGUAAGCCCAAGGGAGAAGAGGACGGCAAGUGGUGGUGGUUCAACGACGACAAGGUGUCAGAGGUGACAGCAGACAAGAUCGAUGGGCUAGCCGGUGGCGGCGAGUCUCACUCGGCCCUUAUUCUGUUGUACCGGGCCAUUCCGCUGCCAUCGGCUGAUGGAAUCGAUCAGGCGUAA